AUGACCGAAGGUAAGAAGAUCUUUGCCUUCGACGGCGACUGGUGCGCCAGCACUGCGCUUAUUACACAGUCCCAAAUUCUGGUAGAGGCCAGAACACGAGAAGGAUUUCCCCUACAAGAACAGCUCCGUGAAGCAGAACGACUACGACGUGGCUACAGCCAUGGUACCAUAGCAUGGUACUGGGCCAAUUGCUUGGUCCUCACCAUCAAUGGUACAUCGCCGGCAUUUUUUGGUCCUUGGCCAAGAACCUGGAUGGCAUGGCACGCCCUACAGUUUGGACUCAUCUGGUGGACAGGAGUGACGUUGGAGAGGCGGAGGAAGACGGUCAACAUGGAGACAGACAUCUGA